GAGAAAAUCUGCAGAGAGGGCACAGUUUUAAGGUGCUUGGAAAUAGGUUAAAAAUAAGAAGGAAUUUGUCUCCAGGAAUCUCAACCACGACACGCCAGUUUUGCUGUCUCUGUCCAGAUGUUUGAGAAGUGGAGCAAGGGAUUCAAUUGACCAUCCUUCCUGCUCAGACUGUGGGGAGGGAUUCACUUGGUCAUCUGACCGACUGGCAUUCCCGUCAUUCACCUAUUCAGUGUGUGAGAAAGGAUUCUGUCGAUCUUCCCACCUGUGGACACACCUGUCAGUUCACACUGGGUACAGGCUGGUCAUCUGCUGAAUUUGUGGGGAAGGAGUUACUCGGUCAUCUGAACAAAUGGCACACCAGCAAGUUCACACCAGGGAGCGGCCGUUCACCUGUUCAGUCUGUGGGAAAGGAUUCACUUUGUCAUCUCACCUACUGACACACCAGCGAGUUCACACUGGGAAGAAGCCAUUCACCUGCUCAGAAUGUGAGAAGAGAUUCACUCGGUCAUCCGACCUACAGAGACACCAUCGAGUUCACACUGGGGAGAAGCCGUUCGCUUGCUCAGUCUGUGGGAAGAGAUUCACUGAGUCAUCCAACCUACUGGUACAUCAGCGAGUUCACACUGGGGAGAAGCCAUUCACCUGCUCAGUCUGUGGGAAGGGAUUCACUCAGUCAUCCAACCUACAGAGUCAUCAACGAGUUCACACUGGGGAGAAGCCGUUCACCUGCUCAGUCUGUGGGAAGGGAUUCACACUGUCAUCCACCCUGCAGAGUCAUCAGCGAGUUCACACUGGGGAGAAGCUGUACACCUGCUCAGACUGUGGGAAGGGAUUCACUCGGUCAUCCCACCUACAGAGUCAUCAGCAACUUCACACUGGGGAGAAGCAGUUCACCUGCUCAGAUUGUGGGAAAGGAUUCACUCAGUCAUCCCAACUACUGGAACACCAGUCAGUUCACACUGGGGAGUGGCCAUUCACCUGCUCAGUCUGUGAGAAGAGAUUCACUCACUCUUCCACCCUACAGAGACACCAGCGAGUUCACACUGGGGAGAAGCCAUUCACCUGCUCGGAAUGUGGGAAGAGAUUCACUGAGUCAUCUCACCUACAGAGUCAUCAGCGAGUUCACACUGGGGAGAAGCCAUUCACCUGCUCAGUCUGUGAGAAGAGAUUCACUUGGUCAUCCGACCUACAGAUUCAUCAGCGAGUUCACACUGGGGAGAAGCCAUUCACCUGCUCAGAAUGUGGGAACAGAUUCGCUCGAUCAUCCACCCUACAGAGACACCAGCGAGUUCACACUGGGGAGAAGCCAUUCACCUGCUCAGUCUGUGGGAAAGGAUUCACUCAGGCAUCCAACCUACAGAGUCAUCAGCGAGUUCACACUGGGGAGAAGCCAUUCACCUGCUCAGAAUGUGGAAAGGGAUUCACUCAGUCAUCCAAACUACUGGUCCACCAGCAAGUUCACACUGGGCAACGGCCGUUCACCUGCUCAGACUGUGGGAAGGGAUUCACUUGCUCAUCUCAGCUGAAGGUGCAUCAGCGAGUUCACAGUGGAGAGAGGCCUUUCACCUGCUCAGAUUGUGGAAAACGAUUCGCUUGCUCAUCUGAACUGAAGGUGCAUCAGCGAGUUCACACUGGAGAGAGGCCAUUCACCUGCUCAGACUGUGGGAAGGGAUUCACUCAGUCAUCUCAUCUGAAGGUACAUCAGAGAGUUCACACUGGGGAGAGGCCGUUCACCUGCUCAGACUGCGGGAAGGGAUUCACUCAGUCAUCCAACCUACUGGUACACAUGUCAGUUCACGCUGGGGAGAGGCCAUUCACCUGUUUAGACUGUGGGAAAGGAUUCAUUCGGUCAUCUGAACUGAAGUUACAUCAGCGAGUUCACACUGGGGAGAGGCCGUUCAUCUGCUCAGACUGUGGGAGGAGAUUCACUUGGUCAUCUGAACUGAAGGUGCAUCAGCGAGCUCACACUGGAGAGAGGCCGUUCACCUGCUCAGAUUGUGGAAAGCAAUUCACUUGCUCAUCUGAACUGAAGGUGCAUCAGCAAGUUCACACUGGGGAGAGGCCGUUCACCUGCUCAGACUGUGGAAAGGGAUUCACUCGGUCAUCCCAGCUGCUGGUACACAGGUCAGUUCACACUGGGGAGUGGCCGUUCACUUGCUUCGACUGUGGAAAGGGAUUCACUCAGUCAUCUCAUCUGAAGGUACAUCAGAGAGUUCACACUGGGGAGAGGCCGUUCACCUGCUCAGACUGCGGGAAGGGAUUCACUCAGUCAUCCAACCUACUGGUACACAUGACAGUUCACACUGGGGAGAGGCCUUUCACCUGCUCAGACUGUGGGAAAGGAUUCUCACGGUCAUCUGAACUGAAGUUACAUCAGCGAGUUCACACUGGUGAGAGGCCAUUCACCUGUUCAGACUGUGGGAGGAGAUUCACUCGGUCAUCUGAACUGAAGGUACAUCAGCGAGUUCACAUUGGACAGAGGCCGUUCACCUGCUCAGACUGUGGGAAAGGAUUCACUCAGUCAUAUUAUCUGAAAGUACAUCAGCGAGUUCACACUGGGGAGAGGCUGAUCACCUGCUCAGACUUUCUGAAGGGAUUCUCUCAGCCACAUCAACCAAAUGUGCAUCAUUGAGUUCACACUGGGGAGAGGUUGUUCACCUGCUGUGAAUGUGGGAAGCGAUUCACGCAGUCAUCUAACAUAAUGUAACUCUCACUUCGGCUGGUAGCUUAAUAUAGGGGCUGAUAGCCCCCCAGCCCGGCCAAACUUCAGAAAUUUUGUUUGGGUGGUGCUGUGCCAUGUGUCCCCUGUUACAAAUCAGUACCCUGUGUGACGCGGUCCUGAAUUACCCCUAUGAACUCUGCUCAAUUACCCCUAUUGACUGUGCUUUUGAAAAGAGAGAGAGAGAGAGUUAUUUAACAUCGGUAUCUUGUUUUGAAAGAGAGAGAGACAAAGACUAACUGUUGGACUGUCACUUUAACGCACGAGAAAGAACUGGUUAACUUCAGGAUUUCUGCUCAGUUGGAGACAGCACUGAGCAGCUCGUAAGUUGCUCUGGUGACCGAAGGCGGUGUUAUUUAAUGGACACUCUAUGUUAUGAUUUUCAGCAGGUUGUUGACACUUUCUUCAAGGAUUUUUGCCUGCUUGGAUUUCUUUCACAGAGAGAGGAUGGAGAAGUUAUUUGAAUGACAGUUGAUGGUCAGCACGGGAAGGUAAAAUAGGAAGUCCGAUGAUAGAUCUCAGACACAUGUUUGGACACUGAAUGAGCAUUGUUGUGGCUGCAGGAAAAGUGGGUUUUGGAGGAUCGAUCUGGUGGAUUGAUCUGUCGCUCUUGCAGUGGAAAGAGGAAAGGGGUUGACUGGUGGGGAGUUGUCCAUGAGUCCACCACAGAAAACCAGUCCCCUUUGUUAAAGUUACAGUCAGUGACUUUUAAAGGAUUUUGAAGGACAAUGAGAAGAUUGACGGCGUCAGCUCACCUGAAGACUCAAAUCUCUCCCUCUCUCUCUCUCUCUCCAUCACUGCCAAACUGAAUACCAUGAACUGAACUGAACUUUACUCAUCAUUGUAAGACUGUAUCUUUUUACCCUUAGACUUAAAGAAGCUUGGUUUUUUG